CUGGAAGAUUCUGCAGGAAUCUUGCGAGUGGACCCCAUUUCAUUCGUUUAUUGAGGGGACCGUUUCUUUGAGCUAAGUGGUUAGCCUUUCCCGUCAAACCUACAACGUACAUACUGAGGUUGGGACUAAAGGUUGUAGGAGCCAAUGACCGGAAUAGACUGAUACCUGCUCCUCGCUGUAAAGAUGUCAAAGAGACCAUCUUAUGCCCCUCCCCCUCCCCCUGCCCCUACUACUCAAAUGCCCAACACAACCGGGUUUGUGGGGUACAACCCAUACAGCCACCUUGCCUACAACAACUACAGACUGGGAGGGAGCCAAAGCAGCAACAGUCGGGUAACGAAUUCCUCUGGAAUAAAUAUCCCAAAGCCACCAAAGCCACCUGAUAAGCCAUUGAUGCCAUAUAUGAGAUAUAGUCGUAAGGUUUGGGAUCAAGUAAAAGCCUCCAAUCCUGAUCUGAAGCUAUGGGAAAUUGGGAAGAUAAUCGGUGGCAUGUGGAGGGACCUCACUGAUGAGGAGAAACAGGAUUAUUUGAAUGACUACGAAGCAGAGAAGAUUGAGUAUAAUGAGAGCAUGAAGGCCUAUCACAAUUCGCCAGCCUACCUGGCCUACGUAAAUGCAAAAAGCCGGGCUGAGGCAGCUCUGGAAGAGGAGAGCCGCCAGAGACAGUCCAGACUGGACAAGGGCGAGCCUUACAUGAGUAUUCAGCCGGCGGAGGAUCCAGAUGAUUAUGACGACGGGUUUUCUAUAAAACACUCAGCUGCAUCUCGUUUCCAACGCAACCACCGUCUGAUCAGCGAGAUCCUCAGUGAGAGUGUAGUCCCAGAUGUCCGGUCAGUUGUUACCACCGCUCGCAUGCAGGUCCUCAAACGCCAGGUCCAGUCUUUAAUGGUACACCAGAGAAAGUUAGAGGCAGAGUUACUUCAGAUUGAAGACCGCCACCAGGACAAGAAAAGAAAAUUCAUAGAAGCCACAGAGUCUUUCACAAAUGAGCUCAAAAGGUUGUGCUGUAUGAAGGUGGAAGUGGACAUGGAGAAGAUUUCUGCAGAGAUUGCUGCAGCAGAAGAGGCAGCCCGCAAACGGAUGGCAGAACGAGAGAAGGAUGCAGGGGACAGAGGUGCAAGAGAGGCUCCCACUUGUGUCUUAGCAGAAGAAGAAAAACACAUUUGUGCAACACAUGGCAACAAGUCCCAGCAAAAUUCUCUCAGUGAGAGUAGCAACAAGGAAGGUGAAGACACAGAAUCCAACACCACAGAGACAGCAGGGAAGCCAAAGGCCUCAGAAGAGCUUGAGGCUCAUCCAGGCAGUGAGGAGGGGGUUUCAGUGGACAAAGAUUGCGUCCCAGAGGGAGCCAUGGAGGAGGGAACCAGUGACAGUAACACGGGCUCAGAGACCACCUCUGCUCAAACAGAAGAUGCCCCGACAAAUGAGCCAUCAGAGGGGCCCAGCAAAGCAAGAGCAGCCCACUGAAUCCAACAUUUGUCUGUGAACUGCAAGGCUGUCAUUACAUCUGUUGGCCUCUUAUCAUCCUCUGAUAACAUAUAUUGCACAGUAUCAUCUCAGUUUGUCAAAGCAUAUGAGGAGUGUUCAGAUGGGCUCAGUUUUUAAUAAGCCUCAGGCAAGGAUGUUUUUGUUGAGUUUGAAAACCUGAGCUCACAGACAUGCGCUGAAUACAACUAAAUGAAAAAUGUAAAGCACUUGAAGCCAAGUAAUGAAGUAAUGGUCCUAUCUAAAAUCAGUGGCUGCUAAUUGUGCCACAAAAGCCUAUGUUAAAGCACUAUAUUUUCUUCACAGGCCUCAUUGCCAUUUGGAAGAACCCAUGCAGGCCCUCCUCAGCACAUACUGAUACAUAUCUCUAGCACUAUGUCUGGCAGUUCCCAGAUCAUCGCUUAUUAAGACUGGCUACAUGAAACAAACAUUGUCAGUGUUAAAUUUAACGUUGUCCUUUGUAUUGUAGUGUCAUUGUUGCUUUUAUUGUUAGUUUUGCAUGUUGCAAUUUUUUAAAAACAAUUUGGCAUACUUGUGAAGAGUGGAGCUGGGUGACCAUCUCCUUGGCAGGAGAAUAUUUGUUUACUCUCUGUAUCAGUAUUACAGUGACAGUAUUGUCUCAGGAGUUUGUAGUCAUUAGUAGUAGUUAUUUUUGUUAUUUAUUAUAAGCUUUUUUACUAUACUUGUGUAUUGGUUGUCCUGGGCCUGGCCCAGUCCAUCUCGAAGAAUAUCACAUGAUCGUCAAUGCUGUACAAUGCUAAACUACCAGUGUUCUCAAGUUUGCUAGCUGUCAAUCAAAUCAAAAGCAGUAUGCUUAGAACAUUUCUGUGUUGUAAGUAUUGCAAUUUUCAACAGAAAACUUUUAAAUGUACCAUAAUUGUGUACACAGUGUAAUGAGGUUUGCUUAAACAUGGAUUUUCAUGUUGUAAAACGGCUUGAAGAACAGUCAUAAACAUGCAGUCUUGAAAUGAAUUUCCUUUUGCAUAUUUAUACCAAUAAACUUUUCUACCCUGAA